AAACGAUAUGUUUUAUAUGUAAGGAUAUGAUAAUUUAGCUAUUACAGUCUUCUGUAGUGCCCGCGCUUGGCAACAGGUGGCGAUAAUGCUCCGUUUACGUGCGCAGCGCACCGCUAAAGAAACGCAGAGAAAGUGUAACAGCAGUUCACUGUGAACCGCUGCUUAUGGCAAUAUAUUUAUUACAUCAUAUCUGCUUCUGUUAACAUUUGAAGUUUGUAUAUUUUCGUUUUCUGGUGGGUUUUCUGCCGUCAAAAGAGUUUGAUCGUUGCGUCAGCAGGACAUCCCACAACUACAUGUGGAUGUAAGAGAGAGUUUACAGGUGAAUUGUAAAAUCCCUCAAAAAGACGCAUUUUUCACGUGGAGUUUCAUUAUGGAAGAGAAAGAGCUGGUGGAAUAUUUCAGAACACAGACCAGAGAGCGUCCAGAUGUGGCUUCAGCCGUGGCUGCCAUAAGCUCGCUGCUGGAGUUCCUGAAGAGAGAUCAGAGUGAGACUAUCCUCGGCCUGAGAGAGAACAUGACGCAGGCCAUUCAUAGACUACAGGAGACGGAUUCAUCGGUCGCCGUGUCUUCUGGAGGAGAACUCUUCCUGCGCUUCAUCAGCCUCACCUCACUGGAGCAUCCCGAUCUCUCACGGUGUAAGAAUGUGAUGAUAGAGAGAGGAGAACUGUUCUUGAAGAAAAUAUCCUUGUCUAGGGAAAAAGUGGCUAAACUUUGCCACACAUUUAUCAAAGAUGGAGCUAAAAUCCUGACACACUCUUCAUCGAGAGUUGUGUUAAAGGUUCUGGAAAACGCAGCCGCUGAUAACAAACGUUUCACGGUAUAUGUUACUGAAUCACAGCCGGAUUCAGUGGGUAAACUUAUGGCAGAAAAACUGCGCAAACUCAAUAUUCCUGUGACAGUAGUGCUGGAUGCUGCGGUCGGAUACAUCAUGGAGAAAGUGGAUCUGGUGAUCGUGGGAGCUGAAGGUGUUGUGGAGAGCGGAGGUGUUAUCAACAAGAUUGGUACCUAUCAGAUGGCAGUUUGCUCCAAAGCGCACAACAAACCAUUUUAUGUGGUGGCAGAAAGUUUCAAGUUUGUGCGACUUUUCCCCCUUAACCAGCAGGAUGUACCCGACAGAUUUAAGUACAAAGCAGACGUCCUGAAGACAGCUCAAGAUCUGAAUCAGGAACAUCCCAUGAUCGACUACACGCCCCCGUCUCUCAUUACAUUACUCUUCACUGACCUCGGGGUGCUGACCCCAUCUGCCGUCAGCGAUGAACUCAUCAAACUCUACUUAUGAUCUUCACAACUCUUGAUGUACGACCCACGUGGAUUUUUAAAUAAUCCCGUGUAUGGAUUGUAGUUGAUACAUUUAUUAUUAAAUUAUCUUGUUUAAAUCAAGUGAGAAUGGACUCUAGAUUUUU